GAGGAAGAACAGCUGAGGAGAGAGACGGAGGGCGGAGUUCGAGGCCAGAGGCCCGGCAGGAACCGGGAGCGCUGCCUCAUCUUGGCGGUCGCUGAGUUUCUAAUGCCCUGCUGGGCUGUCCCAGAAACCGGGGAUUGGGCCCCAGGUGUCCGGCCGGUUCUAUUUCGAGGUGAAAAUUUUCGGGGAGGAAUUUGACGAAAUGACGACGCGCCGCGUUAUCCGCCAACAGUACCGAGAACUAAUUUCUACCGUUCAGCAAAACCAUGAGCUGAUGCUGAGCACCAAUAAUGAUAAAUUGACAGAAGCUCUAGAAGAUGCUGAUAAACUGUUCUCUGGAGUGUCCUGGGCAAGGGAGGCCGCUUUAGAUGCCCAGUUCCUAGUUUUGGCAUCAAAUCUAGGAAAAGAAAAAGCAAGCCAGUUACACUCAGAUAUGACAAUAUUUGAUCCAUCCGCAUUUGCUGAAGAUUUAUUAUCAAUUAUGGGUCUAAAUCGUUUGGAAAUAGAAGACAGUGAUAGUGAAGAAGAACAGGUUGCUAGUGGAUUCUUACCUACUAAUGCUUGGCAUAAACUUGGUGAAGAAGCAAAAAAAUACUUUAAGAGGGCACCAGUUUUCCAUUUCAUGUUAGGCACAUUUACUCCUGAUCCUCCUGCUGAAAGGCCACGAAUUGAAAGGCAACGAAAGAAGGCAACUUCAGAUGGAAACAGAGCAAUGCCUGCACAAUUAAAGAAAAUGGAAGAAUCUCAUCAAGAAGCUACUGAAAAGGAAGUAGAAAGAAUUUUGGGAUUCUUACAAGCUUAUUAUGCAGAAGAACCUUCUACACCAAUAUCCUUCCUUGAGUUUGUGACAGACCCAAAUUCUUUUUCACGAACUGUGGAAAACAUGUUUCAUGUCUCAUUCUUAAUAAGGGAUGGACUUGCAAGAAUAAAACUGGAUCAAGAUAAGCUUCCUAUAAUAGAACCUCUACGUCCACAAGGAAUAGAAACUUAUGAGGAUAUUCACGCACGGAAGCAAGCCGUCAUAUCAAUGAGCUAUCAAGAAUGGAUGAAUAUUGUGGAGAUAUUUGAAAUUUCACAGCCAAUGAUUCCACCUCUUUCACAGUCAAAGAAAUGAGAUGAAGCUGAUCUGAAUGUAAGAUUUCAAAAUCAUUCUUUUACACAAGUAUCCAUAGUUCUGUAAGAACCAGCUUGAUCUUGGAUGGAAAUGAGCUAAACUUUCCUGUUUAAGUACUGCAUAUUUGCUUGAAUAAGGGGAGUGUAUCCAGGUUUUCUAAGUAACAACGUUGUAUUAUACAACAUAUUGUACAUUAUUUAUUUGCUGUAACAGCAAAUUAGUCUUCUUGUAGCUUUUAUAUUCUGAAUGUGCUUUGUCUUAUUACACAUUCAUUUGGUCAACAUUAUGUUGUUUCAAUUUGUAUUUCACUUUUUCAUAAAGCAAAAAGUUAGCUAACAAUACAAACAAAAUACGAUACAUCUCAGUAGCAGAAGAGAUUUGAUCAGUCUUCAGAAGUGGAAAGAGUUCCCAAGGGAGUUUGCUCUGUAUUUUUGGAGUGACGCAGAACAUGCCUUCUUUUAUGUGCCUGAAAAAGACUGCUUUAAGGAUCCUUUUCUAUUAAUUUUAAUGUCCAAGGAGAUUCAUACUGAGAGACAAAGAUAGUUGUGCCUAAAACCGUUUAAAUGUUAAAGGGUGGUACUCUCUGUUCUUUAUGUUGCAGCAAUAUGUGUUAAUUAUAUAUUAGUUUAGGAGAAUAUGCACUUUUAUAGAUCUUAUUUAUAGUUCCAUAGAUUUUGAACCUCAUUGUUUGUGAAUGAUGGUGUAGAGAAGAAAAAUGGGGAGUGGAAAUGCAAGACCAAGAAGAAAGAAAGGCUGAGAAGAAAAGUGCAUCAGGCUCUCUACAUCAUAGAAUGUACUUACCUAGUUGAAAUAUUUUGUUUUCCUCCAUCAUACCAUUUGGGUGUAAUUCUGCAUUUAAGAUAAGCAUUCAAAUGUUUAUGGUGAAAAGAAGGAUGAAGUAGAAUGCCUUUGGGAAAUGGCUUAUAAGAACAAAGUAACUUGUGGAUGUCAUUCCGUAUAUUGAAACUUUCGCAGAAACAACCAUUUGGAAUUAAAGACUUUGAUACACUUUUGCAAUGGG